GCGGGGCGGGCGGCGCCGUGGGGAUCCCGGGGCAGCCGAGGGCCCCUGACUCGGCUCCUCGCGGCGACAUGGAUCGGAUGGCCAGCUCCAUGAAGCAGGUGCCGAACCCGCUGCCCAAGGUGUUGAGCCGGCGCGGGGUCGGCGCUGGGCUGGAGGCGGCGGAGCGCGAGAGCUUCGAGCGGACUCAGACUGUCAGCAUCAAUAAGGCCAUUAAUACGCAGGAAGUGGCUGUAAAGGAAAAACACGCCAGAACGUGCAUACUGGGCACCCACCAUGAGAAAGGGGCACAGACCUUCUGGUCUGUUGUCAACCGCCUGCCUCUGUCUAGCAACGCAGUGCUCUGCUGGAAGUUCUGCCAUGUGUUCCACAAACUCCUCCGAGACGGACACCCGAACGUCCUGAAGGACUCUCUGAGAUACAGAAAUGAAUUGAGUGACAUGAGCAGGAUGUGGGGCCACCUGAGCGAGGGGUAUGGACAGCUGUGCAGCAUCUACCUGAAACUGCUAAGAACCAAGAUGGAGUACCACACCAAAAAUCCCAGGUUCCCAGGAAACCUGCAGAUGAGUGACCGCCAGCUGGACGAGGCUGGAGAAAGUGACGUGAACAACUUUUUCCAGUUAACAGUGGAGAUGUUUGAUUACCUGGAGUGUGAACUCAACCUCUUCCAAACGGUAUUCAACUCCCUGGACAUGUCCCGCUCUGUGUCUGUGACGGCAGCUGGGCAGUGCCGCCUCGCCCCGCUGAUCCAGGUCAUCUUGGACUGCAGCCACCUUUAUGACUACACUGUCAAGCUCCUCUUCAAACUCCACUCCUGUCUCCCAGCCGACACCCUGCAAGGCCACCGGGACCGCUUCAUGGAGCAGUUUACAAAGUUGAAAGAUCUGUUCUACCGCUCCAGCAACCUGCAGUACUUCAAGCGGCUCAUCCAGAUCCCCCAGCUGCCCGAGAACCCACCCAACUUCUUGCGAGCCUCAGCCCUGUCAGAACAUAUCAGCCCCGUGGUGGUGAUCCCUGCAGAGGCCUCAUCCCCCGACAGCGAGCCAGUCCUAGAGAAGGAUGACCUCAUGGACAUGGAUGCCUCUCAGCAGAAUUUAUUUGACAACAAGUUUGAUGACAUCUUUGGCAGCUCAUUCAGCAGUGAUCCCUUCAAUUUCAACAGUCAAAACGGCGUUAACAAGGAUGAGAAGGACCACUUAAUUGAGCGACUAUACAGAGAGAUCAGUGGACUGAAGGCACAGCUAGAAAACAUGAAGACUGAGAGCCAGCGGGUUGUGCUGCAGCUGAAGGGCCGCGUCAGCGAGCUGGAAGCAGAGCUGGCCGAGCAGCAGCACCUGCGGCAGCAGGCGGCCGACGACUGUGAGUUCCUGCGGGCAGAACUGGACGAGCUCAGGAGGCAGCGGGAGGACACCGAGAAGGCUCAGCGGAGCCUGUCUGAGAUAGAAAGGAAAGCUCAAGCCAAUGAACAGCGAUAUAGCAAGCUAAAGGAGAAGUACAGCGAGCUGGUUCAGAACCACGCUGACCUGCUGCGGAAGAAUGCAGAGGUGACCAAACAGGUGUCCGUGGCCAGACAAGCCCAGGGAGAUUUGGAACGAGAGAAAAAAGAGCUGGAGGAUUCGUUGGAGCGCAUCAGUGACCAGGGCCAGCGGAAGACUCAAGAACAGCUGGAAGUUCUAGAGAGCUUGAAGCAAGAACUCGCCACAAGCCAACGGGAGCUCCAGGUUCUCCAAGGCAGCCUGGAAACUUCUGCCCAAUCAGAAGCAAACUGGGCAGCCCAGUUCACUGAGCUAGAGAAGGAGCGGGACAGCCUGGUGAGUGGCGCAGCUCAUAGGGAGGAGGAAUUAUCUGCUCUUCGGAAAGAACUGCAGGACACUCAGCUCAAACUGGCCAGCACAGAGGAAUCUAUGUGCCAGCUUGCCAAAGACCAACGAAAAAUGCUUCUGGUGGGGUCCAGGAAGGCUGCGGAGCAGGUGAUACAAGACGCCCUGAACCAGCUUGAAGAACCUCCUCUCAUCAGCUGCGCUGGGUCUGCAGAUCACCUCCUCUCCACGGUCACAUCCAUUUCCAGCUGCAUCGAGCAACUGGAGAAAAGCUGGAGCCAGUAUCUGGCCUGCCCAGAAGACGCCAGUGGACUUCUCCAUUCCAUAACCCUGCUGGCCCACUUGACCAGCGACGCCAUUGCUCAUGGUGCCACCACCUGCCUCAGAGCCCCACCGGAGCCUGCCGACUCACUGACCGAGGCUUGUAAGCAGUAUGGCAGGGAAACCCUCGCCUACCUGGCCUCCCUGGAGGAAGAGGGAAGGCUUGAGAAUGCCGACAGCACAGCCAUGAGGAACUGCCUGAGCAAGAUCAAGGCCAUCGGCGAGGAGCUCCUGCCCAGGGGCCUGGACAUCAAGCAGGAGGAGCUGGGGGACCUGGUGGACAAGGAGAUGGCGGCCACUUCAGCUGCUAUUGAAACUGCCACGGCCAGAAUAGAGGAGAUGCUCAGCAAAUCCCGAGCAGGAGACACAGGAGUCAAAUUGGAGGUGAAUGAAAGGAUCCUUGGUUGCUGUACCAGCCUCAUGCAAGCUAUUCAGGUGCUCAUCGUGGCCUCUAAGGACCUCCAGAGAGAGAUUGUGGAGAGCGGCAGGGGUACAGCAUCCCCUAAAGAGUUUUAUGCCAAGAACUCUCGAUGGACAGAAGGACUCAUCUCAGCCUCCAAGGCUGUGGGCUGGGGAGCCACUGUCAUGGUGGAUGCAGCUGAUCUGGUGGUACAAGGCAGAGGGAAAUUUGAGGAGCUAAUGGUGUGUUCUCAUGAAAUUGCUGCUAGCACAGCCCAGCUUGUGGCUGCAUCCAAGGUGAAAGCUGAUAAGGACAGCCCCAACCUAGCCCAGCUGCAGCAGGCCUCUCGGGGAGUGAACCAGGCCACUGCCGGCGUCGUGGCCUCAACCAUUUCCGGCAAAUCACAGAUCGAAGAGACAGACAACAUGGACUUCUCAAGCAUGACGCUGACACAGAUCAAACGCCAAGAGAUGGAUUCCCAGGUUAGGGUGCUAGAGCUAGAAAAUGAAUUGCAGAAGGAGCGUCAAAAACUGGGAGAGCUUCGGAAAAAGCACUACGAGCUUGCUGGUGUUGCUGAGGGCUGGGAAGAAGGAACAGAGGCAUCUCCACCUACACUGCAAGAAGCGGUAACUGAAAAAGAAUAGAGCCAAACCAACACCCCAUAUGUCAGUGUAAAUCCUUGUUACCUAUCUCGUGUGUGUUAUUUCCCCAGCCACAGGCCAAAUCCUUGGAGUCCCAGGGGCAGCCACACCACUGCCAUUACCCAAUGCCGAGGACAUGCAUGACACUUCCAAAGACUCCCUCCAUAGCGACACCCUUUUUGUUUGGACCCAUGGUCGUCUCUGUUCUUUCCCCGCCUCCCUAGUUAGCAUCCAGGCUGGCCAGUGCUGCCCAUGAGCAAGCCGAGGUACAAAGAGGGGUGGGGGGGGGCAGGGCCACUCAACAGAGAGGACCAACCUCCAGUCCUGCUGACCAUUUGACCCCCACAACAAUGGGCAUCCUUGAUAGAGGGGCUGCUUGUUGUUUGUUGACAGCUUGGAGAGGGAAGAUCUUAUGCCUUUUCUUUUCUGUUUUCUUCUCAGUCUUUUCAGUUUCAUCAUUUGCACAAACUUGUGAGCAUCAGAGGGCUGAUGGAUUCCAAACCAGGACACUAUCCUGAAAUCUGCACAGUCAGAAGGACGGCAGGAGUGUCCUGGCUGUGAAUGCCAAGGCCAUUCUCCCCCUCUUUGGGCAGUGCCAUGGAUUUCCACUGCUUCUUAUGGUGGUUGGUCGGGUUUUUUGGUUGUAUUUUUUUUUUUAAGUUCCACUCACGUAGCCAACUCUCCCAAAGGGCACACCCCUGGGGCUGAGUUUCCAGGGCCCCCCCACUGUGGCAGCUCCGGCGAUGGUGCUGCCCAGGCCUCUCGGUGCUCCACCUCCGCCUCCACACUGAGCAAGUGCUGGCCCACCCAGUCCAUGCUCCAGGGUCAGGCGGAGCUGCUGAGUGACAGCUUUCCUCAAAAAGCAGAAGGAGAGUGAGUGCCUUUCCCUCCUAAAGCUGAACCCUGGCGGAAAGCCUCUGUCCACCUUCACAAGGGAGAAUACAACAGAAAGAGGGACAAGAGGGUUCACACAGCUCAGUUCCCAUGACCAGGCUCAAAAACUUGAUCACAUGCUUGAAUGGAGCUGGUGAGAUCAACAACACUACUUCCCUGCCGGAAUGAACUGGCCGUGAAUGGUCUGUGUCAAGUGGGCCAUCUCCCUUGGCCCAGAGAGGGAGCGUGGGAGCAAUUCCCAACUCCUUUCUGCAGAUGUCUGCCUUGGCAUCCUCUUGAGUAGGAAGAUCGUUCCACCUUCUACGUAAUUGACAAACCCGGAAGAUCAGACGCAAUUGCUUCCAUCAGGAAAGAACCCUAUACUUGGUUUGCUACCCUUAGUAUUUAUUACUAACCUCCCUUAAGCAGCAACAUCCUACAAAGAGAUGCUUGGAGCAAUCAGGACUUCAGGUGUGACUCUAGCAAGGCUCAUCUUUCUGCCCGGCUACAUCAGCCUUCAAGAAUCAGAAGCAAGGCCAAGGUGCUGGACUGUUACUGACUUGGAUCCCAAAGCAAGGAGAUCAUUUGGAGCUCUUGGGUCAGAGAAAAUGAGAAAGGACAGAGCCAGCGGCUCCAGCUCCUUUCAGCCACAUGCCCCAGGCUCCCGCUGCCCUGUGGACAGGAUGAGGACAGAGGGCACAUGAACAGCUUGCCAGGGAUUGGCAGCCCAACAGCACUUUUCCUCUUCUAGAUGGACCCCAGCAUUUAAGUGACCUUCUGAUCUUGAAAAAACAGCGUCUUCCUUCUUUAUCUAUAGCAACUCAUUGGUGGUAGCCAUCAAGCACUUCCCAGGAUCUGCUCCAACAGAAUAUUGCUAGGUUUUGCUACAUGACGGGUUGUGAGACUUCUGUUUGAUCACUGUGAACCAACCCCCAUCUCCCUAGCCCACCCCUCUCCCCAACUCCCUCUCUGUGCAUUUUCUAAAUGGGACAUUCAAAAAACUCUCUCCCAGGACCUCGGAUGACCAUACUCAGAUGUGUAACCUCCAUACUGGGCUAAGGAAGUAUCAGCACUAGAAAUUGGGCAGUCUUAUGUUGAAUGCUGCUUUCUGCUUAGUAUUUUUUUGAUUCAAGGCUCGGAAGGAAUGGUGCAUGGCUUCCCUGUCCCAGUUGUGGCAACUAAACCAAUUAGUGUGUUCUUGAUGCGGGUCAACAUUUCCAAAAGUGGCUAGUCCUCACUUCUAGAUCUCAGCCAUUCCAACUCAUAUGUUCCCAAUCACCAAUGGGGUGGCCGGGCACAGUGGCUCACGCCUGUAAUCCCAGCACUUUGAGAGGCUGAGGCGGGUGGAUCACCUGAGGUCGGGAAUUCGAGACCAGCCUGGCCAACAUGGUGAAACCCCAUCUCUGCUAAAAAUACCAAAAAUUAGCCAAGCGUAGUGACGGGUGCCUGUAAUCCCAGCUACUCAGGAGGCUGAGACAGGAGAAUCUCCUGAACCCUGGAGGC